AUGGAGGAAAAGCUUUGGAAGGAUCAUUGUGUGCUCCUCAACAAGGAUGAAGAAAAUGAGCUGGAGAUUUUUGGCUACAAAACCCAAGGCUGCCAAAAGGCCUUGUGCAUUGCUGGAUACAUCUUAUCCUGUGGGGCUCUGCUGCUGCUGUUUUACUGGAAGCCAGAGUGGUAUGUUUGGGCAAACUGCAUCCGCUGCAGCCUGGAAGAAGCAGAUGUUGUCCUGCUCAGAACAACAGAUGAGUUUCAGAGAUACACCUGGAAAAAGGUGACUUGGAUUGAUUUGUCUACAGUGGCAUUACCUGCUGGUAGUGAUUCAGAUGAUCCUCUUGUAGCUGACAAAGACUCUGUCAUAAACAGAGCUGUCGUGAAGCCACAGUUAAAGGUGAGAUGUAUCCAGGUGCAGAAAAUCCGCUACAUUUGGGACUUUUCUGUAAAAGAGUUCAAGAAGGUUGGAUCAUUAGAAGACAGCAACACAUGUCACAGCAUACACCACAAGUUUGGAGCUGGCCUGACAAGGGAAGAACAGAAGAUCAGGCAGCUGGUGUGUGGACCUAAUGCCAUUGAAGUUGAAAUUCGUCCUAUUUGGAAGUUACUUUUAAAAGAGAUUUUAAACCCUUUCUACGUGUUCCAAGCCUUCACCCUCACACUGUGGCUGAGCCAGGGCUAUAUUGAAUAUUCAGUGGCCAUCAUAGUCCUGUCGAUCAUUUCUGUUGGCUUAACUGUAUACGACCUCAGACAGCAGUCUACCAAGCUGCACAACCUUGUGGAGGAGCAUAACAAAGUCCAGGUUACAGUCUGCACGAAGAGCGAAGGUUGCAAAGAGCUGCAGUCUUGUUACUUAGUCCCUGGAGACAUGUUUCUCUUAGACGGAAAAAAUCUCUCUCUCCCCUGUGAUGCUGUCCUGAUUGAUGGAAGCUGCAUUGUGAAUGAAGGGAUGCUCACAGGUGAAAGCAUUCCGGUUACUAAAACCCCCUUGCCCCUCGCGGAGAGUUCAAUGCCUUGGAAAACCCACAGCAUGGAAGACUACCGGAGACACGUCCUCUUCUGUGGGACAGAAGUCAUACAGACGAAGCCGACGGGCAGAGGGCCAGCGAGAGCUGUUGUGCUGCAAACUGGGUUCAACACGGCUAAAGGUGACCUGGUGAGAUCCAUCCUCUACCCCAAGCCAGUGAACUUCAAACUCUACAGAGAUGCAUUCAAGUUCAUCGUAGGCCUUUCUGUCAUUGGUGUGUUUGGACUCAUCUACACUGUGUGUGUGUUUGUGUCCCACAAGAAGCCGGUGGCAGAUGUGGUGGCUAUGGCCCUCCUCCUCCUCACCGUGGCUGUGCCUCCUGCCAUCCCCGCUGCCUUGACAACAGGCACUGUUUAUGCCCAAAGGAGGCUGAAGAAAAAGAAGAUUUUCUGCAUCAGCCCACAGAGGAUUAAUAUCUGCGGGCAGAUCAACCUUGUUUGCUUUGACAAAACAGGCACGCUGACAGAAGAUGGACUGGACCUGUGGGGCAUCAUCCCAUCUGAGGGAAGCCGGUUUCAGAAAAUCCAUAAGUUCCCAUCCAGCACUCCUCUGCCCUGGGGACCUGUGUGUGGAGCCAUGGUGAGCUGUCAUUCUCUGGUUGUUUUGGAUAAGAAGAUUCGGGGAGAUCCAUUGGACCUGAAAAUGUUUGAGGGCACACACUGGGAGCUAGAUGACUCCAGCAUGGCUCAGGAUGGAGCUGGUGUUCUCGACACCUGCAUCGUUAGACCAGGGCCGAAGGCCAGCAGUGCUCCCGUGGAAGGAAUAGCAAUCCUGCAUCAAUUCCCAUUUUCUUCUGGGCUGCAAAGGAUGUCUGUCGUUUCACAGAAGAUUGGAGAGGAACACUAUGACCUCUACAUGAAAGGAGCCCCAGAAAUAGUGUCCAGCUUUUGUAGACAAGAAACUGUCCCAGCUAAUUUCUUAGAGGAGCUUAAGAUGUACACAAGCCAAGGCUUCAGAGUCAUUGCCCUGGCCCAUAAAGUGCUAAACCUAGGAAAGGAUGUAGCUGUGAGCAACCUAGAGAGCCUGGUGAUGGAGAACCGCCUGAAGCAGGAGACCAAGCCUGUGCUACAAGAGCUGGCUGCUGCCCGCAUCAGGAGCGUCAUGGUCACAGGGGACAACUUACAGACAGCUGUCACAGUGGCCAGGAAUGCAGGUAUGAUUCACAUGGGCAGUAAAGUCAUCCUCAUUGAAGCAAAUGAACCGGAGGGCUCUGCUCCAGCUUCCGUUGCCUGGCAGCUGGCAGAAGACAGCAAAGCAAACACAGCUGCUCACCAUGAGCUAUAUGCUAAUACUGAGGAAAAGAUCACCUUGGAAGGAGAAACCUGCAACUACCAUUUUGCAAUGAAUGGAAAGUCCUAUCAGGUUAUUGUAAAGCAUUUCUACAAUUUGCUGCCAAAAAUACCGGUGAAUGCGACUGUCUUUGCUAGGAUGUCUCCUGGCCAGAAGUCCAGCCUCGUUGAAGAGUUUCAGAAACUUAAUUACUACGUGGGUAUGUGUGGUGAUGGUGCCAACGACUGCGGG